GACUCCCACCUCUCUCUCUCUCUCUCUCUCUCUCUCUCUCCUCAAAAAACCUUGUCUGAACCCCGAAUGAGCCGUGGUUCCAUAGAAUUGUAAUAAUUUCAAUCGGAUUGAAAAGUUGCCGGAAUUCCUCUCCAUUCAUUGCCGGCGCCGGAGAUUCGGCCACUGAGUGUACUCCAUCUCCAUGGGCUGUACUGGAUCGCGUGACAAGGGAGACGAAAAUAUUAAGAAAAUAAGAAAGCCAAAGCCUUGGAAGCAUUCAGAAGCAAUAACAAGAGCACAACUCAUACAGAUGCGUGAGGAGUUCUGGGACACUGCUCCACACUAUGGUGGCCAAAAAGAGAUUUGGGAUGCACUUCGAGCAGCUGCGGAGGCUGAUUUAAGCCUUGCUCAAGCAAUUGUGGACAGUGCUGGUGUCAUUGUUCAAGCCCCAGACUUGACAAUUUGCUAUGAUGAGAGAGGUGCAAAAUAUGAGUUGCCCAAGUAUGUCUUGAGUGAACCAACCAACUUGAUGCUUGAAAGUUGACACUGAAGAAACUAUGGCGAUUUCAGCCUGUAAAUCAUGUAAAUUGGACCCAUUGUUUUAAUAAUACUUUCUAAUACUCAUUGCUCUUUAAUUCCAUUUCCGAUAGCUAAAUGACAUUGUCUGUGCUGAUUGAUCGCUACAGUUAUGAAAUUAUAUUGGAUAUAUUCGACUGGAAUUUUAGUA